CCGUCCAAAUUUACUCCUGGAACAAAAUAUAUCACCAUGGUAACAGGGUGCAAUAUGGCUGACAUGUGUACGUCGGCCAUUUCUGACGGGGUAAUAAUUGACGUGACACCACCGGACGUGGGACGAGUUUUAGAUGGAACGAAAGAUUUAGAUGUAGAAUUCCAAGCAACCAGAAACUUUGUUGGUGCCAAAUGGCAUGGGUUUAAAGAUGCACAAUCUGGUAUAGCGAGAUAUGAAUGGAGAGUAGGAACAACCAUUGGAGGCGAAGAGUUACUUAGCCCUAAAGAUUUACCAGUGGUCGAACUGGCCUAUAGAUCUAAUUUACCUGAUAAUAAGCUAUUGCCUAUUGAUACUAGAAUUUAUAUUACUGUUAGAUGUUACAAUAAAGCAGGUUUAUACAGCGAAGUUACAUCAAAUGGUUUUAAGAUCGAUACAACAUUACCAGUAGUAGUACAAAGGGCAGUUCCCGUCUCAUCGUUUAGUUCUAUUUUACCUUCAACUACCAUAUCAAAAUCUAGUAUUAAAAUUGAAUGGAAGUUUACUGAUGAUGAAUCAGAUAUAGAAAGACAAUACAUUUCUAUUUCACCUCAUUUAUUGGGAGAUUUUAAUUCUUCAGCUAUGGAGAUUCCUAGUGUGGUAACAGAGUUUACAUUUUCUGGUCUAGCUCUACACGAUGGGAGUAAAUAUAAAGUUAAAGUGAUUGGUUGUAAUUUAGCUGGUUUGUGUCUGUCGAGUGUUACAGAUGAUAUAACAGUUGAUUCUACACCACCUACCAGAGGUAUGUUUGCCAUUGAUACUGACCACGCCGCUAACUUAAACAGAGAUAGGAAUAACUGGAACCACUGGUCUACUACGUCUAUUAAGUUAGAAUGGUUGGGAUUUGCUGAUCUACACACUGGUAUAACCGAGUAUAAAGUCAGUGUUGGAAGCAAACCUUUCUUUACAGAUCUCAACGAGGGCUAUCAACAAACCACGUUUCAACAUGUGGCUGGAGAUAAUUUUAAUGAUGAAGGAGUGGUACAAUCAGUUACAAUAACUACCAAGACACUUCAUAUGGGCAAUUCUGUUUUCAUAUCUGUAUGGGCUGUUAACGGGGUUGGAUUAAAAAGUCAACCUGCUCAUUCUGAAUUUGAACUUGUAGAAGGAGGAAUGUUAGAUUUAGCCAGGAGAUGUCAACCGUAUAAUUGUCUUGGACAUUGUGUUUGUGCUGCACAAGACAAAACAUGUUCAGAUGCUGACAACUGUAGAGACAUCUCAACAGGGAAUCCAAAUAACAUUAUCCAAGUUACUGACAUGACUAAUUUGAUGUCAUCUGAUGCUGCACAGUCUUACUACACAUCGUCUGAUAAUUUUCUAGCUGCCAGAUGGAGGAUAAUAAACCCACAAGGCAUCUCUCCUAUAAGAUAUGAAUGCAGUGCCGGACAUUCCGGUGAAAAUUCACCCAGUGGAAUAUAUGACACUGAUACAGAAAGGACAUGGUUUGAUGUUGGUGAAAAUACCGAAACUAUAAUUACUUUACCUACAGCUAAAGUUUUAGAUAAGUCUGUAACAUAUAGUGUAUUUGUGAGGGUAUGGUAUAAUGCAAAUCAAUAUGCGAUAUUUAAGUCUCCUGGUAUUACACCACUGAUGUCUGCUCCGAGUGUCAGUCACAUAGCGGGAGCUGAUAUAAAAGAAUUAGAAACUAUAUUAAGUGUUAAGGAUUUAGAUUACCAAACAUCCAGCAAUCAGAUUAUUGUUGGUUGGAAGAAUAAAUUUAGAGGAGGAAUUCAUGGAUUCGAUUAUUUUAAGCCUUAUAUAAGCACCCAUCCACAAGGCCACAACGUUCAUCAGUCAUCUACAAGAGUACCUGGGAAUAUUAGUGUCUAUACAGCUACUAAUCUAAAUCUACAAGAGAAUAGAGAAUAUUAUAGUACUGUACUAGCUUAUAAUAAAGCAGGAUUACUGAGCUGGGCCAAUAGUGAUGGCAUAUUAAUAGACAAUACAACUCCCACUUCCGGUAUUAUAUAUGAUGGUAAUGAUAUCUAUGAUAAAGAUUACCAAAACUCUACAACAGUUAUAUCAUCAUCGUGGUAUGGUUUUACUGAUAGUGGUACUGGUAUAGUUAAAUAUUACUGGUGUAUUGGUACUGGUAUUAGUACUACAGAUUGUAAUAUACACGACUGGAAGAAUGUAGGAUUAAAUACUAGAGUGUCUGUAAACCUAACCUCACCUUUAAAUCAUGGUAUGAAAAUUUAUAAUAAAGUGUAUGCUGUAGAUGGAAGUGGGUUGAAAUCUGAUGUAUCAGUGUCUGGUGGUAUUACAAUUGAUAUCACGCCCCCAGUACCGGUUGAUAUAGAUUAUAUUGGAGAAAAUCUCAUCGCCAAUCCAUCAUUUGAAGAAGGCGUGACAGAAUCAAAUAAGGAAUGUGAUGACCAAACACCAGCUCCUUGGUAUAUUGACUCCACCUCGUGUAUUAAAAUCAUCCAAUCACAACCUUCCGUUUCAAAAGAGGGUGGAGCCUAUAUUAAAGUGAAAGGUCAUAUUCAACAAACAGUUUUUGAUUUAAACACCCAAAGUGCUUAUCAUGUUAUAGUACAUGUCGGAUAUCCACAUGAUGGUAGCAUUCAGCAUCACAACGUGGAAGGUUUCGUGCAAUUCGGACAAGAAACUCACACUUUCAGCCUUGACCCAGAACGAUGUCGGGGGAUAUGUGACAUCAACCAACAGCCAUUAAUAUUAUGGAAUAAAUUUACUUAUGUAUUCUAUCCAAGAGAAGCAAGAGAAGUGAUAAGAAUUGGUACAAAUAAAUUACAUAUGAUAUUAGCUGUAGAUGAUGUAUAUGUACAACAAGUUAAUUAUAUAGAUAUAACAAGUGAUUCUAAUCAUUUAAUACAUCAUACAGUGUUUAGACCUUAUUGGUCAUCUCUUCAUCUUACCUGGCAUUUUAAAGAUGAUCAAAGUCCUAUUACAGAUUAUCAAUGGGCACUAGGAACUGUGAAAGGUGGAACCCAGAUUCAGUCGUUCACAAGUGUUGGCAGAAAUCAGCAAGCUACAGCAUCUGGUCUAAAUUUAGCCCAUAAUACAUUACUUUACUUGACGGUGAUGUCAACCAAUGGCGCCGGACUAACAACUGUCAGCCAAUCAGAGAGUAUUGUUGCCGAUAUGACUCCGCCAAUAAUAUCAGAGAUGAACGAUGGUAUAGAGGAUGAUGUAAAUUUCCAGCUAACCAAACUCAUAUCAGUUAACUGGAAAGUAGGAGAUCCAGAAUCAGGAGUAGAAUAUUGUCAAUGGGCUAUAGGUUCAACGCAUGGCGGUGUUGAUAUACAGCCAUUUACUCCUGUACCAGAUAAACAAUCAUUUGCUCAAGUAGAACUCCCCGUUGAUCAAAUACAGAACUCUAAACAAGUUUAUUCUACUGUAAGAUGUUAUAAUAAAGCUGGGUUACCAACUACAGCUACUACUGAUGGCGUUCUUCUGGUUAUAAACAAAAUGGCUGCCAUAGCAGAGGGGCAAAUCGCUAUUUAUCAAGAUGGAGUAUCUGCAUAUCCGGUGAAGGAUAAUUGUUAUCCAUUGACUAAUAGUUUACGAUUAAAAUGGGAUUUAGAAAAUACCAGAAUUGGUACCAAGUCUAUACAGGUAUCGGUGUAUGGUCCAGGUUAUAAUUUAGAUAAGGAAGUUCGAGUUUCAGAGAUCGGUUAUAACCAGGCUAAAUUAAGAAGUUUAUCACUACAACCUAACUCUAACUAUAAUGUUAGUGUUUCUACUAUUAAUGUAUUAGGAAGACAAGACAAUUCUAUAUCAACAGUAAUAUCAUCUGUAGCACAACCUCCAAUUUUACAAGCGGGUUCAAAAUUAUUAAUUGCCCGAUCAUUUGAUGGUACAUCUAUGGAAAUGUCAUGGAGAGAUUUAUUUACGUCCCCAUGGAAGAACCUGUAUUAUGAAGUCAGUUUAGGAACAUCGCCAGGAGGAGCGGACGUUAUACAAUGGCAAGAGACAAAAGUUGCUUCCCUUACCAUCGAGAUGCCUGAUAUAUCGAAGUUACCAAGAAUAUAUUUAACAAUAACAGCUGUGGACCCCUGCGGUCUUUUCCUACAUUAUAAUCAUACUAUUGUACUUUAACAUACUGAAAUUAUUAAUUCCAGAUAUCUUUGUAGAUGUUACAAUAUUACCUAUACAAAUAACAUCUUGUUGCCAAUCUUUAUAAUUUGUUCCUAUAUUUUCAUACAAUAGAUAUAUAAAUAUUAAACCGCGCGGUGUUUCCCGUCAUUAUACUUAUACAGCAAGAAUAUUAAACGUUGGAUAGUAGAUCUUUAUAAUUCUUUCCUAUAUAAUUAUAGUGGCUGCUGUAAGUAGUAUUCCUAUAUUAUGAUUAGAUAUAUUACAGUGCCGGUUAGUAUUUCCAAUCUAUACUAUUCAAAAAAAGUAGGGGAUAUUUGAUUUUUAAGUGUUAUUAAAGUCACCUAAUGAAACUGACGAAGAAACAAAUGACAAAAUGAAAUGAAGUUCACAUUCAUCGAUUUAUUCCAAAUGAUCGUUAGACUAAGUAAGGCACAGACUGACCAUUAUAAGGGUAAAAUGAUACCCGGGGUCAAACAGCAAAGUUACCACAGCAUCACAACCAAGUCAGUAACGGGUAAAUCCUCCUCUGUUUGCCAAACAAGCAUUGAUCCGACGUGGCAUACUCCUAAUGAGACGUCUAAGGUCAUUUUGGUCCAGAUUGUCCCAUUCCUGUUGCAACGCAGCAGCAAGUUCUUGGACAUUGGCAGGACGUUGUUGACGUUGACGUAACCUCUGUCCAAGCAUGUCCCAGACAUGCUCGAUGGGGUAGAGGUCGGGACUCGGUGCUGGCCAAGGUAAUGUGGUGAUGUUCUGUUGUUGGAGGUAACCUGUAACGAUCCUGGCCCUGUGACAUCUUGCGUUGACAUCCUGGAAGAUGAAACGGCGGCCAUUACGUCGUGCGAACGGCACAACAUGGACUGCCAAGAUGUUGUCCCGGUAGUACUGGCCUGUAACACGCCCUGCAACAACAUGUAAAGCCGUUCUUCCAGCAACAGUGAUGCCUCCCCACACCAUAACAGAACCACCCCCAAAUCGAUCAUGUCUGAUGACGUUAACGUCUUGGAAGCGCUCGUUUCGACGACGCCACACCCUCCUACGUUUGUCCAAAAAAUCAACAGUGAACCUUGACUCAUCUGAAAACAUCACAUUGCUCCAGCGUCGAUUAUCCCAGUGUUGACGAUCCCUACACCAACGACGUCUUGCCUGAAUGUGAUGAUCUCUCAAACAAGGGAUCAAGCGAGGACGUCGGGCGCGAAGGUGACCCCUAUGCAGUCGAUUCCGAAUCGUCUGGCCACUCACUCUCACACCAGUGUCUGUUUGAAGACGAGCGCUGAUCUGAUUUGCUGUGAUGACACGAUUUCUCAAGGCCAAGGUACGGAUAAAUCGAUCCUGGGCUUGAGUUGUCGCCCUUGGUCGACCUGAGCGUGGUCUGUCCUGUACAGAUUGUGUAUCACGGUAUCUGGACCAUAGCCUGCUUAUGACAGACUGAGAAACAUUCAUCGUCCGCGCCACAACCGCCUGUGUUGUGCCGAUCUGUAGCAUGCCAAGGGCACGUAACCUUUCAUUUUGGGUAAGCCGACGCAUAUCAAAAUUUGUUUUCUGGUCACUAAAACAAUUAAACUGAUGUUUCCACCCUGGAAUUCAAUGCCACAAUGACUGUAACAUUCAAAGUCAGAGUCGUGCAAAUCUUGGGUUGGACCCCCAUGAUGAUCCCAAGCAUCACCUGCAUUCCAUGCGGUAGCUAUUGGUGCGUUUGGGCGUCACAUGUAACUGGAAAUGUUUCUUCUGUUAGGUUCUAUAGUGACUUUUUUCGUAGUCAUUUGCAUAUUUUAGUAUUAUGCCCCCAAAAUCAAAUAUCCCCUACUUUUUUUGAAUAGUAUAAUUAGGGGCGGUCUAGAAUAGUUGUCAACCGGGUUUCAAGCGUUUGAUGUCGCUUCUUGGAGUAUAUAUUCCACCGGGUGCCAUUUGGGAAAAAUCACAAGUAUAGUUUUCUAGGUGUCAACUAUUUACCUAGAAACGUCGAGUUUUCUGGGCAGUCCCCAAUACAUGUUCUAUUAACACCAUGAUGACUAACUAUCUUGUUAUAAAUUUCCAUUUGACCUAAUUAGAAAAUACAGUUGCAUCGGAGAUGUUCGAGUUCGGCCGUAUGUAAAAUUUAAGACAAAGCUUCUAUUCCAUCGCUGAUUGUAUAAAUUCAUAGCGAUUUGUUUACAGAUUUUAAGUAUUCAAGGAUUUUCUAUAAUUUAUCGCGUGUAAGGUUUUUUUGGGAAUUUUAUAGAAAAAAUUGCAUCCUAUUUUCUUCCUCUGAAAUAGUACCCUAUAUUGAUAAUCACGGGACAAAAAUGUAAGUAUAUAUUUAAAAGGUAUAUAUUUACUGCAUUCCUGACCUGUUUUGAAAUUUGUUCCUUGUUCUUUCAGGUUAGCUUGUUUAAUAGAGCGUUUGCACUGAGCGUAACCCUCAUCCACGUGUUGUAUUAUUUGGCCUUAUUAUGUUGGAUUGUUGCUCAUAUAAACUGACACCUAUCCUCUUUUAUUUAUGUCAAACAUGUCACGUGGUUGUAUGUACUGAUUUAUUUUAUUGGAUGUAUAAAAAGCUUAAGCCAG